AUGGAAUGCGCCAUCUGCAACAAGUUUCAAGGGCGCUGGAAGAUCAGCAGCAGGGCUGAGGCGCAAAAACAUCGCGGCCAAGGCAUCCGAAGCCUCAUCGUCCCCAAGUUCACGAGGGAUGAAUUACUGAUUUCAGCACAGGCAUGCUAUGGCUGCCAAAUCCUCAUAGAUGGGUGCCGCGGAUGCUUCAAAUUGCAUGGUAUCAAUGAGGCGGAUAUACUACACUGCGGCCUUCGCUUUCAUUAUCCAUACUGUACCGAGGUUGUAGACGAUGCAGACACGGACAAGCAUCUCAUCUUUCAUUUGUCAACCGGGGGCCGUUUUGAAGUGGAACUGUUUGCUACUGAAGACGACGAUUGUCACAUUCCGGAUAGUUGGGAUUACAUUCCUACACUGUGGCGCACUUCGCCUCGGACGGAUUCUCCAGCGGCAUUGGUUAAGAUAAAGGGCUGGAUUGCCCAGUGCAUUGUCGACCAUGGCGAAUCAUUGUGUAGGUGCCCAGAAUCUGUAGUUCUCCCGACUCGGGUGGUGGAUGUUGGUCUCCAAGACGGCAUAGUGAAGCUUCUCGAGACGAACGGGGCCAAGGCGAAAUAUAUCUGUCUCAGCCAUUGCUGGGGCCUCGAGCAGAUUAUCACGACAACGCGAUCGACUCUCAAGGAGCGCAAGAAGGAAAUAGCCUGGGACGACCUAUCGAAGACGUUCCAAGAUGCAAUAUCCCUCACCCGGGCUCUAGGCUUUGAUUAUAUCUGGAUCGAUAGCCUUUGCAUCGUCCAAGAUGAUUCUAAAGACUGGGAAAUGGAAUCAGCAAAGAUGGCUUCGGUUUAUAGCAAUGGGCGUUUGACAAUUGCUGCAACACGUUCUGCUAGCGGCCACGGAGGUCUUUACUCACGCACAGAAGACUUCAAGGUAUCCGGCAAAAGCCCCGAUGGAGAAGCGUAUUGUCUCUACUUCCGUGAACGAAUCGAUCACCAAAUCGACGCCAUCUUUGAGAGCGCCGACUCCACCUCGAGCGAAAAGUACUAUCCUCUUCUUUCAAGGGCAUGGGUCUACCAGGAGCGCAUGCUCUCUACACGAGUGCUCCAUUUUGGCCGGUACGAGCUGUUCUUCGAGUGCAAUUCUAGCAUUCAAUGCGAGUGUGGGACUAUACAGUACCAUGGUGCCGGUAUCGAUACUCCUGUGCCUCUGAUCAAGCUUGAAUACGCAGAUGCGCUCUUGGAUUAUGACCUCGGCUACGAGGGACAAGCCCUCGCCAACAUACAGUAUCAAUGUGCCCGCUUGUGGCGCACUAUGGUGUGCUGUUAUACAGCGCUUUUUCUGACAAAGUCUAAAGACCGACUGCCGGCGAUCGGUGGCUUAGCAAGACAAAUGGCCACCAAGAGGAAGUCAAAAUAUCUUGCAGGGCUUUGGGAAGAAUCUCUUCAAGAUGAUGUACUCUGGAUGGUGUAUACGACGUCGACGUUGAAGAAACCCAGACCCUACCCUUUGAAUGCUCCGACGUGGUCGUGGGCAAGUGUAGAAACGCUUACUAGCUACUGGGAUGUGAUUGUUUUCACCAAUAUGGAAGAAGGUGUUGCAGAAGAACGACCGCCAUACAAACACUUUAGUAUCAUCGAAGAAUGUCAAGUCGAGCAGUCGGCAAUCGACGCGUUCGGAUCAAUCGCGCACGGUUCUCUCACCAUAUCCGGUCUGUUAGUGGAGGGCCUUCUUGAGCGCGAAACCCGGCUGCGUGAUGGCGAGGAAGUGAUUGAGCACUACGUAUCUUUUCCAGAUACUGUGCGCUUGGGUUUGGAUACAGACUACCUUCUAGAUGCUGACGGUCCUGGUUAUACAAGUCCGGGAACCCUAAUUUCUUGCCUUCGCAUGAGUCUCUUCCAGGAAGGCCAGAAGGAAUAUUUGCUCUUACUUGCGCUGAAGAAGUCUACAAGGACCCCAGGAUCUUUCGAGCGGAUUGGUACAUCAAGAAUAACCGGUGUUGUAGGCUCAGUGGACACGGAAGGCGGAGUGUUUCGAAUGGCAGAGUCCCGAACCGUCAUCAUUAUUUGA